AAAGAUAAUAGGAAUCCCUAGAGGUAUUGAAGAGGAAAUUUCAGCUGCUGCCCUCUAGAUAGUCUUGUAUAUAAAAUUAAGUGUAUCAUUGUUGAAGUUAGUAUCAAAGUUGAUUAGAAAUGUUGAUUAAAGUAAAGACACUUACAGGAAAAGAGAUUGAGAUUGAUAUUGAACCCACAGAUAAAGUAGAAAGAAUUAAGGAACGGGUAGAGGAAAAAGAGGGCAUUCCACCUGCACAACAAAGGCUUAUUUUCAGUGGAAAACAAAUGAAUGAUGACAAAACAGCAGCUGACUAUAAGGUUACAGGAGGGUCAGUGCUCCAUCUAGUGCUAGCUCUUCGCGGAGGACUAGAAUGUUUUGUUAGCCUUCUCUAAAGUUUCUAGAGCAAUAGAAUUUUGUUUAUCAUUCAUUUUAUCUGUGAAAUUUAUAUAUAUAAAUAACUUUUCUGCCUUUGUAGUGGAUGUUAUUGUGUUUCUAUUAUCAUGGUUGCAUUCAAAUAAAGAAAUUUAAUCCAUGCUACACUUUUUAUUGUUUCUACAGAAACAUGUAAUACAUAUAUUUUAAAAAUUAAUUUCUUGUCAUCAGUAUUGCAUAGAAAUAGUAUACAUGUGCAGUUUCAGAACUGACAAAAGUAUUUCUAUGUUUGUAAAAUUCUAAGAAAAUUGUUUCAUAGUCUAUUAAAUAAUGCAAGAUUU